AUGUUUGCUGCAAUUGCAUCGGGGAAUCCGCUACAAUUAUCCACAGAGGUGCCCAAUUCAAAUGGAUUACAACAUACAAUAGUACUGUCGUCAACGAAACCGAAGUCAUAUUCCCAUAUUACCUUAUUCAUUUUACCAAAUGUGACAUUUCCAGAUAAUUUCAUUGCGACGGUUUACUUCAAGCUAAGUCCAAACGAAGAUUUUAAGAUCUUUGGGUAUCUAGGGAAUGAGAAACCAAGUGCUAUCUUCAAGGUGAAGCUGCCAAGUGCGGCUUCAUUAGGGCAGCCUCCAUCCGGUUAUGGCGACGGCUUGGGCGAGAUAGACAUGGAUGACAACAUUGGUGGUAUGGGAGACAGUAGCAAUCAUAAUAUAUCAGAACUGAUUAUUGGCAUAUCAAUAGAACCUAGGGAUCAAGGAAUGAUGAAAAUAAACGAAUGGAAGGCUGAGCAACAGGCUUCGAAGAGUAGCAGUUCAUCGCUUGUACUGUCUCGUCCAGGGAUGCAGGGCAAUGUUCUCACUGUUGGCCAGCUGGCGACAGCAUAUCCCAAGCUCACACAGGAACUGGCGGCCAAGAUAGUGCAACAUGCAUAUAACUACCUCUCUGGAUUCCUGGAUGCUGCUGGGAACGUUUCAAUCAAGAGAUUCGAUACGUGGUGGGAUAAAUUCAAGACCAGGCUGGCGAACGACGGGACUUUUCUAGAUGAGGUAACCAGUAGUUGA